AAAAAACGAGAACUGCCUAUUAUGGAUCAAAUCUAUGCGGGCGCUUUCCUCACCAUUUCAGCAGCAAGAGCAGGAAGAGCCGAUCAUGGCUUCCUUCAGCCGAGAAAUUUGAAGCAAUGCUACGGAACAUUGUGCCGAGUACGAUACCGCCAAAGCGUAGAAGGAGAAAAGCUGCUAGGUUAUAUCGCUGCAAACCCUCUGCACGUUGCAUUCGAUGACCCCAUCGACCCGAGAGGGUGGACUUUCCAGGAGCGUCUGCGAUCUUUCCGCACUCUUCGGUUCGGCGUGAGACAAACAGUGUGGCAAUGCUCUUGGGGUGAGAAAGUCGACGGCGGCCAAGACUACGUGAAAAGGUUCGCGUGGUCGACGGAGGAAUUUAAUCCGUCGAAAUUUACCGGCGCGCCAACCGAUCGACCCUAUCCAUACCCCCUUAGCGACCCAAAUCACAAGGAUCAACUAGACGAAGUUUGGGAUACCUGGCAGACAAUGGUUCGAGAAUACUCUUCAUGUACUUUAGGACAGAGCACUGACAGACUCCCUGCCUUUGCUGCUAUUGCAGAGGCCUUUGGACGCUAUCUGAAGCUGGGACCUGAACAGUACUAUGCGGGACUCUGGGCUCUCGAUGCUUGUAUGCAACUGCGAUGGCGGAGACCAAAACACGCGCAAAAAGAUUGGCAGUGCAAGGAGAGACAUGGACCAACAUGGUCAUGGGCAUCGCUAGACGAUGCUGUCAAGUUUGAUGAUCAACGACUACCGAUGGGUACAGAUACGCUUGAGUUGGUCCACGACGAAUGCCACAUGACGUGGGAAUCGCCGAACUUCAACGAUGACCUCAAGAACUUUCCCGCGUGGCUACAGUAA